AGUCCCAGCCUCAGAAUGUGGCGCUUCCCUUUUGCGUGCUGUCUGCACACUGCAAAGAGGAGCAAGUUCUCAGCUCCUUGGAGCAGGCCUGCUGCCUUCAUGUCCAGUCUGAUGAUCAAUCAGCCCCAGUAUGCUUGGCUGAAAGAGCUGGGGCUCCGUGAGGAAAACGAGGGCGUGUAUAAUGGAAGCUGGGGAGGCCGAGGAGAGGUGGUUACGAGCUGUUGUCCUGCUAACAAUGAGCCAAUAGCAAGAGUCCGACAGGCCAGUGUAGCAGACUAUGAAGAAACUGUAAAGAAAGCAAGAGAAGCAUGGAAAAUAUGGGCAGAUAUUCCUGCUCCAAAGCGAGGAGAAGUAGUAAGACAGAUUGGUGAUGCCUUGCGGGAGAAGAUCCAAAUGCUAGGAAAGCUGAUGUCUUUGGAGAUGGGGAAAAUCUUAGUAGAAGGUGUGGGAGAAGUUCAAGAAUAUGUGGAUAUUUGUGAUUAUGCUGUUGGCUUAUCGAGGAUGAUUGGGGGACCCAUCUUGCCUUCUGAAAGACCUGGCCAUGUGCUCAUUGAACAGUGGAAUCCUGUAGGCCUGGUUGGAAUCAUCACUGCUUUCAACUUCCCUGUGGCGGUGUAUGGCUGGAACAAUGCCAUUGCAAUGAUCUGUGGGAACGUCUGCCUUUGGAAAGGAGCUCCAACAACUUCCCUCAUUAGUGUAGCUGUCACAAAGAUAAUAGCCAGAGUUCUGGAGGACAACAAACUGCCUGGUGCCAUUUGUUCCUUGACUUGUGGUGGAGCAGACAUUGGAACAGCAAUGGCCAAAGAUGAGCAGGUGAACCUGCUGUCCUUCACUGGGAGCACUCAGGUGGGAAAACAGGUGGCCCUUAUGGUUCAGGAGAGGUUUGGGAGAAGUUUGUUGGAACUGGGAGGAAACAAUGCCAUAAUUGCUUUUGAGGACGCGGACCUCAACUUAGUCAUUCCAUCAGCUUUCUUUGCGGCCGUGGGGACAGCUGGCCAGAGGUGUACAACUACGAGGCGACUGUUUUUACAUGAAAGCAUUUAUGAUGAAGUUGUAAAUAAACUUAAAAAGGCGUAUGAGCAGAUCCGUGUUGGGAACCCAUGGGAUUCUGAUGUUCUCUAUGGGCCACUCCACACAAAACAGGCGGUGAACAUGUUCCUUGGGGCAGUGGAAGAAGCAAAGAAAGAGGGUGGCACAGUGGUCUGUGGUGGCAAGGUCAUGGAUCGCCCUGGGAACUAUGUAGAACCGACAAUUGUGACAGGUCUUGCCCAUGACGCAUCUAUCGUGCACACAGAAACUUUUGCUCCAAUUCUUUAUGUCUUUAAAUUCAAGAAUGAAGACGACGCCUUUGCGUGGAAUAAUGAAGUAAAACAGGGGCUUUCAAGUAGUGUCUUUACCAAGGAUUUGGGAAGAAUCUUCCGCUGGCUUGGACCUAAAGGAUCAGACUGUGGCAUCGUAAACGUCAAUGUUCCAACGAAUGGGGCUGAGAUUGGAGGUGCAUUUGGAGGUGAAAAGCAUACUGGUGGUGGAAGGGAGUCUGGCAGUGAUGCCUGGAAACAGUAUAUGAGAAGAUCUACUUGUACCAUCAACUACAGUAAGGACCUUCCUCUGGCCCAAGGAAUCAAGUUUCAGUAAAGGCAUUUUAGAUUCACAUUACUUCAAGACUUGCAGGCAUUCCUGCAGUUCUUCUGAAGAAGACAAGGAAAAUUAAGAUGUGCCCUGAAUAAAUGUCCUGACUAUGUCAGUGAGUAAUCAUCUAUGCCCCUGAGGCCCUAACUAAAUCAACAGACUAAUUUUUGAAAAAGAAAUAAAGUUGCAUGAUAUAGCAUAUUUA